AUGUCUCGCCCUGCGGUAACUUCGUACAAUACAACUAUGCAGCGAGGUCCACCACGCAUAUUCUCAACACAGAUCGCGAUCUCACCUCACCAUCUGUGCCGCACUCUUGCCGAAACACGAGCUCUCACCGCUACGCGAUACGGAACUUUCCUUUUACAGUUCUCUUCAAGCCUCACGCUGCUGGCGACGGCUGAAAAUGCCGCCGCACUCGGCUGCCAGUCGUUCUGGCCUGGCCGUCGGCGUCAUCUUUGGGUUUGCGUUCAUUUCCACAUGCCCGCCAGGAACAGGGCCCUCACACCAGUUGGAGAAGGCUGUCCGCGUCUCAUGGAUGGCCGACAACUGCAAUUCAGCGUGCAGGUUUUCGGCGUUGUCAGCGAGCCCAGAGUGAUCAUCGGAGGAAUGCUGGCCUGCAGGCGUCAACGACGCCUUAUCGGAGGGCAGAUCAGGAGUCGACCCGGUUCAAGCAUUCACCUCCGGACUCGCCAAGCGGGUGCUCGGCAGCGGAGUGGGAUACCUGCCCACAACAUGAGGGCUCCAUGGCCGAUUUUUACAAAGUCCCAUCUCAUCGGCUGCAGCCCGAGGGCGGAAGCUACCGACCCGCCAUGGGCCACGCAAUCAGGUGGCCAGACAUGCAGAUCUCCAGAUAUCUAUUCGUGA